AUGGAACAGGGACGCUGUUGCAUAAUCAACUCAGCGAUCUGGGGCAACGUCCACUAUUUCCAGCUCACACAGAACCUCUGGCUUAUCAACAGCGGUGACCCCGACUUGAUGAACACCAAUUUAUUAUUCCAUGAGUGGCUUUUGUCCAUUGGCAAUGGUUCAGAUCAAACCGAGUUUACAUCUGACAUUGAACUCAGAUUCGGCAAUAUCUACAAGCAUUCCAACCAAAGGAUCCUUGCAGAACGUACAAUUACAAUGGCUUACGGUGACAUUCACAUGUUAACAGAAUCCACAGCAGACAAGAGCCGUGCAACAUACUUUGGUAACCGUCUGAUCUUGGCACCUUUGAACUCCGACGUGAACCAGAUCAACCGUAUGUGCCUAGCCUUGAUAACAACACCAGUCUUUGUCUCACACUCAAUCAAACAAAUGCGGAAUGAGGAGGACGUACAGGAUAGUGACGAGGCCAUCCCUGAAGAGGUGCUUUGCACCUUUUCCAUACCCGGUUUCCCGGAAGCCAACCUUGAAUUAAAAGUCGUGGGUGACGUUGGGAGCGCUCAUCAAGUGUUCUCGAAGGCUAGAGAACACGCCACGACCGCAUUACAUGCUGCCGAACUCUCCCUCGCCUCCCUCGACCUGGCACUCGACGCUGAAAACUUCAACCUGGCUCAGAGUCAUGCGGCUAAGGCCCAGGGUGCUCUUGACACCCUCAUCGGAUCCUUGGAGCUCAAGGCCGCAAAAACUAAGACUAGUGGAUCUACAUCCACCGUAGGCAUUGAUUCCCGUGACCCAACCAAGAAAGAUAUCCAACGAUGGUCCGACAGAGUUAAUGUUGUCAAUGCACUCACAUCGCUUGCCCAGGGAGACUUUGGGAGAGCGACGAGCUACUUUCUCAAGGUAGGAAAAGAUGCCGGAGAGAGCACUGGUGGAGAACUGCUGGCGACGGCGACCGACAUAGCAAUCUAUACGACCCUCUGUGGCUUGGCUCAUUUCGAUCGACAGCAGUUGAAAGACCGUCUGAUUGAUAACCUCGAGUUCAGGUCGAUGCUCGACAGCGAGCCCCAGUUGAGACGGAUCUUGAACUUGUUCAGAGAAAAUAAGUACUGCGGCGUGUUUGAGUAUUUGAAAGCCUCUCUGGUGAUUUGUAUCUGCUUAAUGAUGAUGAUUCAGGAAUGGGCGAUUGGACAAUACUUUGGCUCGUUCUCAUCGGCGCAGCUCUCGAAAGCGUCAGAGGUUUUUGGAUGGCCAAUGGAUGAACUCGAGCAGCGUCUCGUUCUUUCCAUUCGCUCCGGCCAUCUUCCCGCUAAACUCGACCUCGCCAAUUCUAUUCUACGCGCUCAUCAACCCACUCCUCGCUCCCGUCUCCUCGCUAAUGUCACCUCAUCCGCUAAAAAGAUUCAGCAUGACUCAUCGGCCGCUCUCUUUUGUCUUAAGCUUAUUAGCGCUGACCUCCUCGUCCGUGAUGUCAAUCAACCUAACAUUCCCUCUCUUACCCCUUCCUCUGAACCCGUCGAUCGCUCAAAAUUAAAUCCACUCGGAUCGAUCUCAAGACAGAUCGGAAAAUUCUCUCCAGCUUUCUGGAUUGUAUCCAAUAGGUAUAUUUGUGAUACUCAAAAGUUAUCUUGGUCCUUUCGACCUGCAGAUACUACCAAUUCAAUUUCUCAAUAUUAUACAUCUCGCCUCCCAUUGAAAUUAACCCGUAAAUGUUUCUUGUGGUUUUACUGGCAGCAUAGCAGGAGAUUACGUCAGGUCCCGGGCACAAUUGCAAACUUCAUCACAAAGGACUCUGGUCAUGAAAAGCACCAAGGCUUGGGUCCCGAUAGGGGUUCUCCCCGCGACGAUCCCGCAACCAAUGACUCCGUUUUCUUGACGGAAACCGAAUCCUCAGGGACCACACCACCCCCCACAUUUGAGGAGACCAGUGAAAUACCAGACGAUGAGGGAAUCAGUAUUACUGAAGCACAGCCACCCCGCCCAUCUUCCUGUAGCACAACCUUGGUGUCCACAAUCCCAAGAAGAUCAACAAAGAAAAGCAAAAAGGCCAACUCAGUUGACCCAGCCUCGCUAUUAACCCAAGGACGUGUUUCUGUUCCUACGAAUUCCAACACUCCAGCGGCUUCUGAUAACGUCAAUGGUCCUGACCUCCCGGUGGUGAACACAUCAUCUGCGACACCUUUACUUGCCAACCCAGCAUUGCAAACGCCUGCCACCCCCAGCCAGACCACAUUUGACCCAGCCCCACAAACCAUAUCACCUGCCGAGUUGUUCAAACCUACCGGGCCUCAAAUGGACAAGGGACCUCGAGAUACCGAGAACAGUGCAGUUUCCGACUCUGCCAAUUACGGUGGGAAAUUACCUGCUCCUUCUUUCCUGCCCUAUGUCAUACUUCUAUAUGCUAACCCGUCAGCAGCCUACUGA